CGUGUGCUUGUAAACAAAUGGCAUUAUCGAAUAUCAACAAUUGCGGAUUAUUAUGGAAAUAUUGCAUAAGUUUAAACAAAAUGGCUAUUUCACAUCCGAUUUGUACCAUUUACUGGCCAAGAAGAAGCUGGUGGACCCGUCACAAGAGAUCAUUCCAUCGCAAUAUGCAAAAGAAAUGAGAAUGAAUACGGCGGAAAGGAUUCAAAACUUGAAUAAUAUUCAAGUAGAUAAUAUCGUCAGUAGCGGAAAGAAACAUGACAAAAUUGUAUUGGCCUUUUCACCAAGAAUAUUAGUCUUUCAAAACUUUAAACCUAACGAUAAAGUGGUUGCAAAGUUUUCUGUAAAAAAUAUUAGUAAUGCUCCUACGUGUCUUAACAUGGUGUAUAAGGAGUCAUCAUAUUUCUCUAUUAAGCCGUGCGGUGGUACACUUUUGUGGCGGCUAGCUCCGGGAAUCAGUGUUAUGUUCGCCGUUACCUUUACCCCCGUCCAGUACGAGGACUACACGCAUAGAGUCACUUUCUACACUGAUAUAGAUCAGUAUGUUAUGCCUUUAAUAGCAAUGGGCCCAAGACCCGUGUUCGAUUUUCCAGAUUUGGUAGAGAUACCAAAAACACCUCUCAAAGUAGAGAAUCAAGUUUUAAUGACUGUGCAUAAUAUUGGUAUGGUCUCCGCAGGUUUUACGCUAUCAACGAAAUGUCCAUAUGCUGUUCAGCCUAAAUCUGCUUACUUAAAUCCAAAUGAGAAAAUAGACAUUAAAAUUACUUUUAAAACAAUGAAUCUUGGAGAAACCCAAGGAUCAUUGAUGGCAACCUUUGAAACCGGUGAAAAUUUCAAGAUUCAAUUGACUGGAACGACACAUACAGUUAGCGUAGAUUUGGAAAAGGAAGUAGUUCGUUUUCAGGAUACCUACAACACCAUGAUUCGACAGCAAACGUUCAAGAUUAUAAACAAAUCCAAUCACCUGCUUACGUAUAUGUGCAUGAAAAAUGACUGCGUGUAUUAUGAUUUCGAAGAUAAAGUGAAAUUGGCCACGAUUUUUUAUAACCUCAAGGAUAGUGAAUCAUCCAAAUACAUGAAACUGGUGCAAUAUGAUGUUCUGAGCAGCGAAGAGCACGAAAGAGUGUAUACGAGGAUUUUCUUUGAUGAAAUUCAGGCUCUGGUUGCAGAUGAAACCUUGACCUUUCAAAAUACGCAUUUUUCUAUAACGCCUAUUAAAGGAAAGUUAUGGCCUAACAAAACAACGGAACUAACCAUAACCUUUUUCCCGAAAGAAGUAGGAGAAUUUCAAGCGAUAGCUUAUUUGGACAUCGACGGUGUUAGUAACCGAGUGCCACUGAAAAUGGUUGGCAUCUCUUUGCCUCCCUCCAUCCACCUGAACUUGGAAACUCUGGACAUGGAUUGCGUUUAUAUCAACAAAACUUAUAACUAUGAAGUAGUUGCUAUUAAUAAAGGGCAUAUUAAUGGAGUGAUAGUGUACAAGGAAGUCCCAACUUUAUUCGGUAGUCGAAUUACGUGUUCGCCUGAGUUGCACUGCUUACGCCCAGGCGACAAGGAGGUUUUUGUCAUAUCUUUUUGCAACUCCAAUCAGGGUCCUUACUUUGAGGAAAUAAACUUCAUAAUUCGUGAUACUAAAGUGGUGCUGAAAUUAUAUUUAAAGGGCGAAGUUAUCUAUCCAUCCCUGAUGUUCAGUGUACCAUGUUUAGAUUUUGGCAUGGUUAGCCUGGGGGUACCAAAAACUUUGGAGUUAGAUGUCAUCAACGAGUCAGUGGUUCACGUGCGUGGCUCUGUGAAGAUUUCAUCCGAUGGUCCUGAAAUAAGUAGCAUUACUUUAGUAGACUAUGCUGUCACUGACAAACCAAAGCCUGAAGUUCCUCAGUGGCCAAGGGAAUUUAAUAUUGAACCUUGCAAGAUUGAUAUGGAAGCAGAAUCUAGAGUUUCUUUAAAGGUUACGCUGACAGCGAAUCUUAUAAGAGCCAACCAGACGUCGCUAGAACUGGAACUAGAAAAAUCUGAUAGCCCGCCUAUUGUUCUACCAGUAACUUUUAAUGCGAUGGUUCCUGAAAUUUCACUUGCGCCUGAAAUCAAGCUGCGUGCGUGUUUUUUGGAUUAUGCAUAUAAAAGUGAAAUAUGUGUCACUUCAAAUGAAUUUUGGGGGUAUUUCACGCUGGUAGAGCCGGAUGAAGAAUCAACAUUAGAGGUGGAUGUCAGUGUAAAGGAAGGCUUAAUCGAACCAAAUAGUACAAUAUGUUUGCCCGUCACAAUAAAAACGAGUAUCCUUGGUGUCCAAGAAUAUGGAAUCAAAUUACACCUAUUUGGACAAUCAAAACCUAUAGAAGUCUGUCACAUAACUGGGUGUGGAGUGCGACCAAUAGUGACAUGUACACCGAUAGCUCUACAUUGGGGUCAAGUUAAGCUGUUGACCAAAUCGCAGAAAAUACUGACACUCUGCAAUGACUCUCCCGUUCAAGUUAAUUUUAAAGCUUCUCUGUUGAAUAAAGACGGUAGAUGGCAUAUUCAUCCAACUGACGGUCAUAUUGACCCUGAAUCUGAGACCGAUCUACUUUUGACUCUAUACUUGCUUGAUGCUGAUACUUAUACAAACAAAGCAGUACUGCAGUUAGAAAAAGUAAAAGAUAUUCUAGUCCCUUUAUCGGCCACUGGAGUUGGAACUAGUAUAUUAGUUGGAGAACUGAGAGACAGAAUAUUCUUGGGCCGACAUUUCACAAAAAUCCCUUUAAAUUGCAAAGUGACAAUGGAAAAUUGUGGAACGCGUAUGCACGCACUUGAAUGGAGCGAACAUUAUAAGGCUCCUAAAACGAAGACCCACACUGUAGGAUUUUUCAAUCUGGAUCCUAAAGUGUUUAAAAUGGCUGCCGGUGAAAAAUUAGAAUUGGCAAUCACAGGAUUAUCUUAUAAAGUGACCACUAUCAAGGAAAUGUGGUAUCUAGUCGGUAGCGUCGAAGGGAUUAAUAAAAAAGAAUUGUUGUUAGAAUGUCAAAUAGCUGCUGAAUUUGUGGAUCCUAAGAUAGAGGUAUCAUCGUCGGUGAUUGAUUUUCAGUACGAUUAUGGGCCCUACAGUGAAUUUUACAAAUUAACAGAUAUUGUUACAAUCAAAAAUGUUUCUAAGUUACCAUUGGACAUGGAUAUAAGUGUGAAGCCACCGUUUGCCAUAAUACAGAAACAAGAAACGUAUAAAAUACUGCCUGAAGAAGAAAAUUUAUGUUGCUGCAUAUGCUACAAAGAAUCUGAUUUGAAUGUACCAAAUCUUAUAAGUGAAGUUGGUCCCUGCCAAUCGCGGAUAUUCAUUGAUUACUUGACACUAAAGCCAGUUGAACCUCUAAGAAAAGAACCCUUGCACUUCUUUCAAGACAUUAAUAAAAUUAAAAUGGCAUUUAACUUGACACAUGCUGUAGAGGAAACAUUAGAAGAUCAGGAAGUUAUGAAAAUCCAAAUCUUAUUUGAUACCACGAAACAUUUAUCUCUUAAAUCCAAAGUGUACUGUGACCUAAUGAGAGUUAAAUUCAAAGGUCAUAAAAAUAAGGAUGCAAUCAAACUGAUAGGGAAGAUAAAUUUUCCAAAUAUCUUUGUGUUGUCGCCAAGAGUGGAUUUCCAAUGCAUUUUAAAUGGAAGUUUAGAGAGCAAAACAAUCAAGAUACAAAACAUAACGCCACUUUUAGUUUGUUAUAGGUUUCAGUGGAAAAAAUGUAUCAUUAGCACGUUGUCGUUGCCACAAUUUGAAGUACCGAAAAAUGAGUACGGAAGUAACAUAACAGAACCCAAAUCGUUAACCGACGCGACUGAACCUAGUGUCGGUGACUUGCACGAAAUUAUGGCUUGUCAUACACCAGACGAAGGUUUAGAUAAAGCUGCAGAAUUAGAAGGGAUUCCAAAGGAAAUUAUAUCAACUGUACAUGAUAUAACAGCUGUAGAGUCAAGUUUGGAUGACUCUGAAGAAGAAUUCGAGUUUAAAAAAACUAGAAUCAUGAAGAAAGUGGCACCCAUGAUAGACUCACAAAUUGAGUCAGAAUUUCCGUGGAUUUAUAAGUUUGCAAAGAUAAGCAAACCCACAAAAAUAAACUUGAAUGAGGUUCUACAAUUGAUACCACAUCGAGGAUUACUCAAACCGAAUGAGGUUCAAUUCGUUCAUGUGAUAUUCAGGCCAAGAGCUAAUAUCAAUGUACGGGCAAUACUAGAAUGUGAGGUGUUGGGAGGGCCACCUGAAACUGUUAUUGUUACAGGACAGAGUUCAGACUUAAUGUAUAAACUAAAUACACAGAAGUUAAAUUUCAAAAUAAGAUCUUUUCAUGAGCACGCCUCCGAAGAAUUGUUUUUACUUAACGUCGCUCAAUUGCCUUUUGAGUAUAAAACGUAUUUGAAUGAGCCUAAAUUUGAAAAUGAACUUGAAGGCACUAUUCUCGAUAUCGUGCCUCCUGAAAAAAUAUUGGACCCCGAAGAAGAGGCUGAAAUAAAAAUUGUAGUGCGACCUGGCGUGGUCGGUUACUUUAAUAGGGUGUUUUUAUUGGAAAUCGGCCAUUUACCGCAUAUCCCUAUAGAAAUAUUUGGUUGGGGUGUAAUUCCUCAAGUUUACUUGUCUCUACAAAGACCCAGCAUGAUUAUGCUGAACCCAGAAUAUGGAUAUCAAGCAAUUCCUACAUUAACAAUGGAAUAUUUGGAAGCAGUAAGCGAGUUUUUCAUGAAAGGUACUUCAGAACAUUUAAAUUCGCCGCUGACUGAAAAAUGUUUUGAAGAUCCUGAUUUUCAGCAAGAUUGGCAUAUCUGUUCUGCUUGGGAUGGAUAUCCAUCUAUCAUGGACAUUGAGUUAGCAAUAGAGAGAAUGCUAGUAAUUAACCACAUAAAACUUAAACCAGAGUUAUUAACUGCAUAUUCAACUUCAUCAAAAAUGGGACCAAUUCCUGGAUUUCAAACCACUCCUUAUGUGAUCGACUAUGGUGUGGUAAUUACCGGUAGCACAGUGCAAUGUACAGCUGAAAUAAUAAACUACGGACCAAUUCCCACCAAAUUACAUUUCGCAAAAGGAACCCAAGUUCCCACUUGGCUGGGUCUGAAACUUUGCGGGAAAUUAGUUCCUGGCGAAACAGGAAAGCUGGAAGUGACGUUUGCUCCUACUUCAAAUGAUUUUACGGAGUUGGAACAGAAUGUCGAAACUUUUUUCAAUUUAGAAGUCCCGUAUGGAGUUACUAUCCCAAUUUACAUCAAGGCUUUAUGUGCAGUUCCAUAUUUAAUAUCCAAUGUUUCAACAAUUAAUUUUGGUUCUGUGAGGUGUGGGGACAAGAUCAUUUCAUCUAUACCCCUUAAAAAUGUAGGCAAACCAACUUGUAUAUGGUAUGUCACAUUGCGUUUGAAAGCUCCUGGUCAUAAUCCUAUGAUGGUUUUGGACAGUUCUGGAAAAUAUGAACCAGGCGAAGGUGGAUGGCUAAGUGUUGCUUUCAAACCUAAUAUGGAGAUGACGUACGAAGGUCUACUAAUAUUCAGAUUCCACAUGAAUCCAAACAGAAUGACCAUACCAGUAACAGGACAAGGCAUUUUGCCACAUGUGCACAUAAUAGGACCUAACGUUAACUUCCCACCCACUCUCCCGUGGGCAGAGACCACUGAUAUUUACUUCGGACUCACGAAUCCUUGCCCGUUCCCAAUUGAACUGAUAAUAGCCCACAGUGACAUAAAAGCGAAAAGUCCAAAAACAGCUCCAAAAUCUGCAACGACUAAAGAGGUCCAACCAAGGAAGUUCCGAACUGAAGCUGAGAUUAUAGCAGAUGAAAUAAGAUCGAUGAAGGAAAAUAGAGUAGAUCCUCUGAAAGAAUGCUUGCACGUAUUUGAUCACAUAUCUACUGAUUCUGGAACUGAUAGGCGUUCCAAAGGAAUCAUAAUAUUUGUGCAUGGCUCUCCUUGUGAAGAAAUUCACUGUCAAGAAAUAGCUUAUUCAUUGGGGAAGAGCCUAGGCAUACCAACUGUUAACAUUGACUUCUGUAUCGUGCAAGCACUAUGUGAGAGUAAUUGCGCAGCCAAAAUUAUUUUAGUGAGCGCAAUCAAUGAAAUGUAUCAAAUGUCACGUAAAACUGGCAUGAGAGGUGACUCUGAUACGAACGAGGAAGAUUCUGAAGCAUUUUUAGAGGUGUUUGGAGAUACAGAAGAUGAGUUUGAAAUUAUUUGGAAGAAAAUCGAGUUCAUGGCCAACAAUAAGAACGUUGGGACACCUAGAUCAAAAGCGAGCGAUAAAAAGAAGAAAAAGUCGCCCACAUCUUCGAUUGCUUCUCAUACAGCUCUGGGAGCGUUAGGGUCUACAACAAUGUUUCACAUGGAUUUGGUUACGGAACUCCUAACUGAUUUCUUUAAUCAACCAAAAUUCAAUCGUGGAUUUGUGGUCGAUUCUCUAACAAGCAUUAUGUUGAAAAGUCCCCCUGUUGUGCUAUCUUCAGUUCUGAAGUGCAAAACUAGCAUAUGGAACAUACAUCUUGUUUUGUGUCAUUCUGAUUUUUACAAAUGGGCUCAAGCUUACGAGGAGGCGCAGCGGGAAAAUGAUCUGAUUGAUGAGAAUGUUUCAAAAGUAUAUGAUGAAACGGAAAUUGAAGAAAUUAUAAAAUCUUUUGAAGAAAUGGACGAAGAAGAGUACAGCACAUCUCCUCCUGAAUUAAAAUCAAUAUACGUAUCCUAUGGCUUAGAAAUGAGGCGCAGGAAACUAUUUGAAAAGAGAGGAUAUCCCAGUGAAGUAUUAAAAAAAGAUAAAGGUGGCAGAGAUCGAAGCAAAUCUUUAUUGGUCAUUGACGGCUCUGAAUCGAAAAAGAAAAUUAAAAAGGAUGAUGCUAAAGCUAAACCGACUAACGAGUAUGUACUUAUGAACACUAAGUACAACGAAUAUAUGAAAAAUACAUAUGAAACCCUCAUCAAUAUGGCCAAUAAUUGGGUUAUAGAAGAAUGUGAUAUAGGGAGUCCACUUUAUGGUUUUAAUGGCCAGGUCGUAGGUGCCGCUCAAAAAAAAGCAAAAAAGAAGUCAGAGGUUCAGUUACAGAUAUCGGAUGUCAGCUUUUCUGAAAGGGGGUUCCCUCUAACGUUAAUAAUGUGUCCAUGUCUUCGCUAUAAAAAAGCGCUAAUCAGAAUGUUUGAAAGUUCACCACUGGUUCAAGAAGCGUUGAGGGAAGAAGAAGAAUAUGAUAUUCUAAAAUGUCCCGUGAACAGAAAAGAAUUUACCGUGUUACUGCCAAAAAGCUUUCCACACAUACAUCAUGAAGAUCCUUUGAAGUGGCGAUACUUGGAUGAACUUCCGAUUAAGAAAUGUGAAUGUAAUCAACUCACUGACCUUAAUUUAUUGGAUGAUACCACGCAAGAUAAUGUUUUAAAUAUUCUUUCUAAAUGGCAUUGCACGUGUGGCAAAAAGGUUACUUCGUCGCAAACAUCUACAAGUGAGAUACCAUCUACAUCUAUCGAAAAGUUAGUGGAAGAAGACAGCGAGGAGGAAAUCUUUCAGCCUUUACCUUUGCGUAGCGUUAAGUCGACAUCAGCACACUCUGACCGUUUAGUUCUUCACCCUGGCGACCUAGUCCGCUGUAAAUAUUCGUUCAGCCCACAGCUAGAAGGCAAUUUCAGUGUGAAACGAUUCGUUGAAGUUAGCGGGUGGCCAGAAUCAAGAGUAGAUAUUAAUGUCAAUGGAAUAUGUGAUUUACCAAGAUUGGAUAGUAGACCUAAGAAAAUGUUCGAAAAUUUUGUUAGAAGAACUCUCGAAGACAAUGUAUACAAAAUAACUUACUUGGAUGACCUGAAAUUAUUUGAAUUUGGCCCUAUUUUUGUGGGAGCUAACAGGAUCUAUGAGGAGGAAUAUGUCAUCGAUUUGAAAAAUUCCUCAUUGAUAACAGCUGACAUUGAAAUAGAGUUUUUGGAAGAAACAACGAUCUUCCAAAUAGAUAAAACAUUUAUUCGUUUAGAGCCUGGAUGCAGAGGAAAGUUAAUGAUAUCUGCUGCCCCCGCAGAAGUGGGAGUGCAUCAAGUUGUCUUGUUGUUCUGCGUCAAAGACAAUCCUGAGAUAGUAACUGUCAACAUUGCAUGUAGCGGAGUAUUGCCAGUAGUGGAAAUCUUACCACUCACUAAAAUGAUUGAGUAUGGUAAACUAUUACUAUACCGAAGAGAGGACGAUAGGUUUAUUGUCAAAAACGACUCUAUAUUGCCUGUUAUGUGGAAGAUUCGAAAUGCUUCAGAUUUUAUUGAAGACUUCAUAAUCGCUCAAACUUCAGGGAUUGUUCCCAGGCAUGACAAUCAAGUCGUUCCUGUAACCUACAUUGCGUGUAGAGUCGGAGUCAUUGGACAUAAACCUCUUAUAAUUGACAUCUACGAUGCUGAGGGACGAGGUGAUCCUAUGGUCAUCGACACACUCUUUUUAUCUGCAGAAUGUUACGAUGUCAUGGUCGAAUGUGCCUAUGAAAACCCUAAUGAGACUUUACUUAAUUAUGGCAAUGUUAAGGUCAACUCAACUGUUAUCCGAGAAAUGUAUUUGUUGAAUAGAGGCAAAUAUAACAUCUAUUUCAAGCUAAAAAAAGUCAAGAACUUCCCAGAGCCGUCGCUUCUACGAUCUUUUGAGGCAACACCUGAAUGUGGUCUCAUACCAUCUACUCUGAAAUUGAUCACUAUUGAGUUUGAAUGUACUCCGACCUCAUCUAUGAACUUGGUGAACGUCCCGGCUUACAUUUGCUCCUUGUUGGACGGCAGCAAGGAUCAAGUUGUGGUGGCUAAGUUUCCUGUUUACGUCACAAUAGCAUCAUUCUACAACACGUUCACUCUUUUCCCAUUGGGUGAGUUGAAUUUCCACAUCAUACCGGUUGGAAGUGGAGUUAUGAGAGAAGUUAUUCUGAAUAACACAAGUAAAUGUCCCGUAACAUACGAAAUUGUUCUACCAAAGCAAUAUCAACCAGAUCCAGAUAAUCCUGUUCAGGCGAAAGUUAAGGAUAACAAAAUAAAAAAUCCUCCACUGAAAUGUGGGAAUUUCCUAAUAAUGAAUGACGACAAUCUCCUUGCUCCUGGAACAAGUAGAACAAUAAGUAUGCAGUUCUUGGCAACGGCUGCAAGGAAAUUUGAGGAGACUAUUAAGUUCAUUAUAAGUGACACGUGUCCUGCUGAAGCGCAGGGCGUACCGCUGAAACUGGUGGGCACGGGAGCAAUGCCUACUCUAGACUUUUGGAAUUUGGAAACCACAUUUAGAGAGCACUUGAUAGUCAAAAACUUAUCGGAAUACAAAGUUCCUGAGUCGUCACCGCAUUGUGUGUUCGUGGAAGAUUCUGUUACACUACAUUUCUUUUGCGUCACUGUGAAUACGAAUUUAAUGGGAGCUAUAGAUCUAUACAAUAAUGGAUUGGUGGCCUGCGCAUUGAAGAUGAAGCUGCACUAUCAGUCCAACUCAAAUCAAGACAUAUUUUCGUUGGAUAAAUAUGAGACUCAUAUAGAACCACUGUUGCAUAAGUCUCUGGGGAUCAUAUUUAGUCCCAAAUCUCUUCAGGAGUAUCGAGCAGUUCUAGAAAUCAAGUUAAAGCUACUUGAUAACCAAGAGCAAUCAUUCAAAAUAUGCUUGAUAGGCGAGGGAGUGAUACCUAGAAUACGAUUGGUAUCCCCGCAAAUAAGGCAUCACAGGAUUUCUUUACUUCAGUUCCCAGUAACAUGUCUUGGUUCAAUAAGCAAUAAGCCUAUUCGAUUUAAAAAUAUAAGCUCUGUGAAAAGCAUGGUCAUAGCGACUGUCAGUCAGCCAUCCUAUGAUGAAAGACCUGUUUUUUGGUUGACUGCUGCCACAGACAAUGAACACAUAAUCGUAGUUGGAAACAACGAUAAAGAGAAUAUAUCAAUGAAAGUUAUCAUAAAGCCAUCGGAAAUCGCUACACUAAUGGUUCAUUAUAACCCAUUCAGGAAAGGCAGGAUUGGUUGCGAUGUGAAAUUAACGAUUGUCGAUAAUCCUUUCGAGUACUUCACGAUUUUAUGUGAAGGCGAAGCUUUUAUGGAAGAUGUCAUAUUGUUAGGCCUUGAGAUGCUCUCAAUGGAUAUGGAUUUAGAAGCAUACAGGACUUCUAUAGACGGGACAAUGUCGACGGUUUCCACGGUUGACAGUCGAAAGAAAAGUAAAAGUGCGACACUUGAUAAAGGUGAAAGGAAAAAGUCUAGAGCAAUAGAACCAAAGAAAAGCAAAAGAACGUCGGUGGGGUCUAUGAAGCAGAGUGAAUCGGGAAGUUUGGAUCCGUCUGUGUUAAAAUAUGUACUAGAUUUUGGCGGAUGUGAGAUAUGUUCAGUACAAAAACGAUCAGUUGUAAUGGUAAACAAUUCUGAAAAAGUAUACAAGUUUGAAUGGAUAAAUGUGGAGAAUAUUUGCAUAAAACCGUCCAUGGGCUACAUUUCACCUGGCGAGGAAAAAGACUUAGAAAUAAUGUUCUUUUCAGCACAGCCUGUAGUACUGAAAAAGGAAUUACUAAACUGUACAUUAACAGCAAUAAAUGACGACACAUUAACAAUGGAUUUGAAAGGGACUACUUGGGAUAAUCGACAAAUAAUUACACUCUUUGGUCAAAAUAGAGAAGCGAGACUGAAUGAACGCUGUGAAACCAUAAUUGAUGAACAACCUAUGCCAACAUCAGAAGAUUGUUUUGGUGUUAUUCACAUGAUUAUAGUAUAUUCAGCAACGACUGAAUACACGAAGUAUUCUUGUACAUUGAAAGAAGAAAAGAUAUUGAAAGACACUUUUAUCUAUCAAACUAGGAGAUUCGAAUUCAAAGUGCAAAACAUUGGGAACGUACCAUUGAAAAUUGCAUGGAACUUUGUCAUUGACGACGAAUACCCUGCAAGGAUUGACAAGUAUAUUACAAAAGACAAGAUAGCUGAAAAGCCUCCUGAAUCUACGAUCGCAGUUGAAACUGGGGCUGAAAAGGGAGGAAACACUUCAACAGAACCACAGGCGACCGAAAAGAAAGAAGAAAAAGCUCCCAGCAAGGUUACAUUAUUCAGUGGAAGUGCAGACAGGGAAAGUGUAGAUACUUGGUUUGAGAUAGAUCUUCCAUUCGAGAUACAACCUGCAAAAGAAUGUCUCAAGCCUCGAGAGAGUCGUACUUUCAAAGUUACGUUCGCUCCAUUAGAGGCAUUUGAUUUUAAAGUUAAACUAAAGAGUACCAUAGAGAAUUUAGAUCCGUAUGAUCAAAACGCGACCUGUAAAAUAACUGCCAAAUCCUUGAUCCCGUAUUGCCACCUGGAUAUCGAGGAAAGCGAUUAUCUCACUUCGGGGCGUAGAAAGGUGACAGGAGUGGCGCUGCCUCCACACAUGACAGUCUUGGAAUUCAAUGUACUUGGUUCAGGAUGUUAUAAAAAGACUUUCAGCGUUAUCAACCCUACCAGUGAAGCAUACGAGUUCAUAUUUGAGAUGGUGAUGUCUGACAAGCCUGAACUGAUCCCUGUGCAUUGCAAUAUGUUGAAGGGUUAUGUAGAGGGUGGGACUUCCAGUGAUGUUACAUUUACAUUUUCUCCCACAGCUCCUGGGGUUUACGAAUCCCAAUGGAAGUUUGUUAUACCAGUGUACAAUUUAGUUAUGAAUUUGCUAGUCGUGGGACUAGUCAGGGAACCAGAAGUAGUGUUUGUACCAACUAUCCUCAUCAUAAGGAACUCGCUAGUCAGUUUCACUACGACCCAUAUUGUGAAACUGAAGAACAAUGAAAAUGAAGGUUUGAGAUUUGAAUUCAAAGGAAACUCGUUAUGUAAUGAAUCUGGUAAAACACCGGUUAUAGUAGACCCGGAUCAUGGGAUUUUGAAGCCACGUUCUGAAACACCUAUCAAAAUUAUUUAUACGCCAAUAGACGACGGGCCGCUAUCAUUCAAAAUAUUCUGUAGCAUCACCUACAUGACGAAGUUUUUAACAUUAUGUGUCAAUGCUCUAAGUUACUUAAUUAAACCAAAAGUCACGUACUAUUUAAUUGGGAAUGAGCAUGUGCUUAAUAGUGACGCAAUCACGAACAUUCACUUAGACCAGACUGCUUCAACAUACGAGAGGACGAUCCCCUUCACUAUUAAAAAUGACGGUUCAGCUACCUUCUUUUUCGACUGGCACUACAACAGUAGUCCUGUAAAGAAAUAUCUGCAAAUCAGCGUGGAACCUAAGAGUGGUCACGUUACACCAGCGAACGAAGUCGAAUGCACACUCUACUUCACACUGAAACAAGUGCCUGUACAAGCUUUUCCAGUUACCCUAAAUAUUUCAGAUGGUCCAGAAUACAGCAUAUAUCUUCACGCAGAAAUAGAGAAGCCGCCUUAUCACUUUUCGUGUAUGGAAUAUGAUUUCGGGAAGUGCAUCGUCAAUGCUCCAGACCCUACUUACAAGAAAAACAUAGCUUUCAUCAAUGAGGACAAAGUGCCAUUGAUUCUGGACUUGAACUUCUCCAACGUUGCCGAGUUGUUUGUCGACUACGGAGAAAUGGCCCAUAUCGAACCAGGCAAACGAUUAAAAAUUCCAAUUUUCUUCCGGCCAAAACAAGUCAAGGAAUACGAGUUCAAAUUGCAGUUUUGGGUCAAUUCAUUAUGCGAAGAAAUUGUCACGAUUAAAGGAGAAGGUGUGCCUCUAUUGUUUGAUUUGUACGAAGGUUGCCAAAAGAGUUUUGAUCUCGGGGCUGUGAAAGUGGGAGAAAAAAUAAUUCGGCAAAUAGAAGUGAUGAAUCACAGCAAAGUGCCGAUUGAAGCCACGUUUAUAUUCCGGGAUAUGUACCCAGUGGUAGAGGACACUACCAAUUCUGAAGCGACUAGCGUGUGCCUUAGCCCAAGCGCAGCCAAUACUCUACAAGGAGCAGACACGGGUCCUUCCAGAGUCAAAAUGCUACAAACAUACAAAGACGACAAGAUUCGGGAGCAAAUUGCGAUGGACAUACAGAAUGCUUUGUCUUCACUAAAGGUGGUGCCCAAUAAAUGCAUAAUAAAACCAUACAGAAAAGUACCGCUGAAGAUACAAUUCAAGCCUGUUGGGAUGAUAAGCACGCUCAAUGUUCAGUUGAAUAUGAAAGUGUUCGAUUUCGAAAGGCCUCUGGUGCGCUUGAGUGGAAGCGCGACGGGAAUGAGCCUCUGCUUCAGCCAGAACUCCCUGCAAUUUGGACGCGUGCGCAAACGAGGAUGCAAGAUAUUGAAAGUCAUGUUACAGAAUAAGGGCGACUUUGGAGCUAGAUUCUGGUGGCAACCUUUAAUAUCGAACGAGUUUACUAUAUCUCCGGUGCAAGGAAAUAUAGCAGCGCACACAAAUGUUACUUUCACAAUAACUUUCAGACCUAUAAAUCAUAAUCCGUUCAUAAAAGUAUGGGCCAGUUGCAAUAUCGAAAAUUAUAUGCCGCUUGAGAUAGCCAUGUAUGCUACCUGUGUGGACAUGGGAAAUGUUCAGAAUAAGACGAUGUAUUUAGAGUGCCCUGUACGAGAGGUUCAAACUGAUUAUGUAGUUGUUACGAAUCCGUCUGAUGACAUGUGGCUCGUUCUGAGUGAGGUAUCAGGUGGACCCUUUGAAACCCUCAAAGAAUUUAACAUCGAGCCGAAUUCGACCUUCGAUAUCCCAGUACAUUUCAAGCCGAAAACUAUCGGGAAACAUGAGGCUCAAGUGUUAUUCUCUCCUCUCGGCGAGAGUGCCCUGUUCGUAUCAUUGAUAGGCGCCGCUCUGCACCCGAACCCCAAUGGAAACAUCACUAUUUCCGUGCCUGCCAAAGAGUUCCACGUGGAAGAACUGCUUGUUUAUAACAUCACUGAGUUCCCAGAAUCUUACGUGGUAUCAACAGAAGUUGCAAAAGUAAUCCCAGACAAGUUUGAAGGAUACUUCGAAAUCAAACAUCCAGAAACAAUAAAAGUAUGGGGAGAGGCUGCGGCCACAUGCCGAUUGACCUAUGUCUGUUACGAAGAAUGUGAAAUGCAUCUCAAAGUAAUGUUCAUCAAUGAACUGACCCGAGAAUACCAAUUCUACAACAUAAUAGUGACGGUGACGACUAGUCCGAUCGUAGACACGUUGACAUUCGUUUCACGUGCGCGGGAGUCGGUGCAGAAAGACCUCGUGGUGACCAACCCACUGGCCGAAGAGGCCAACUUCUUCAUUCGAUGCGAGAAGCUCCAAUGUCCUGAAGUGCUCAAAAUUAACAGGAAUUCCGAGGCAAUAUUAGUGCUGCUAUACUCUCCCUUGGUAGUCGGAGAAGUUGAGGACUACUUGGAGGUAUCGAACCAGCUCGUUGGCACCUAUGUGUACAAAGUUGUGCUCAAAUGUUUGCCAGCGAAAGUCAAGAACCUGGAAUAUACAACGUCUCUAGGCACAUGCAUGCCAUUGCGGCUCAGGGUCCACAACAAAACUGACGUCAAAACGGACUUUACUACAUCGAUUUCUCACCCAAGCAUUCAGGCUGAUAGAGACUAUACCUUGGGCCCAUUCGAAAAAGGCAAGCUGCUGGUUUGGUUCGAGCCAACUGAACUAGGUGUUCAAGAAUGUAAACUUUCGUUCAAUUCUCCAGUAGCGGGAGAAUUCGUCUUCAAUAUAAAAGGAAAAGCAACUGCCCCUAAACCGCAAGGACCCUACGAAAUAAAGGCUGGCAGCUAUACAACUAUCACUUUCAAAAACGUAUUUGACGACAUCCGAAUGUUCAAAACAUCGAUAGAUCGUGAAGAGUUCUAUGUUAAAACAAAUUAUGAACCAGUCAGACCUAAAAAGGAUCUGAAAGUGAUUGUGUACCUGAGCGAGAAGCCCCCGCAAGGCUGGGACGAGCCGCCGACCGGCUGCCUCACGAUCGAGAGCUACGAGCCGUCCGAGCCCAAGGUGCAUUGGACCUUCUUCCUGCAAGGCAUUCCCUAGGAUUUACAUUUGAUUGCAUUUAUUAUCACAUUUCGAUCAAUAUGUAGUUUA